CUGACAGGUUUGCCAGGAUGUGUGUGUUGCUUCAACAGAUGAGAGCUUUUACUGGACUUCUACUGAUUACAUCGAUUUAUGGUCUGGACUCCAUGUGUGAUGUUACUCAGGAUGCUGCAUGUUAUGGGGCUCUGGGAGGACCUGUGUACCUGCAGCUGAUGAGGAACACCAGAGGAUAUGGCCUGAGCCUCUCUAAUGGCAGUUCACAUGUUUUUAAAUUCAGAAGAUCCAAGCCAGUGUUCUAUUAUGAGUUCAACACCACAUCAGUCCUCCAGAGGUGGCAGUUUGCUCCUGAUAACGGGACCAUGAUUAUAAACUCUACAGAGAGGAGAGACGCAGGAACAUACAAAGUGCAGAUCACUGAAGAGUCAACAGGGAAAUCAGUGGGAGAGUACACAGUACAGCUGACCAUAGAAGCUCCUGUGUCUGAUGUGGACCUGUCAAUCACCUGCUCAGCCAAUGGGGAGAGGAGGGCAAUUUGCUCCUCCAAUGGGGACAGUCCUCAGUACAGCUGGUCUCUGUAUGGAAGGCCUCUAAAUGAAACCUCAACCAAUCAGUGCAUAGAAAAGUGCACCGAGACUGAUCUAACCAAUAAUAAAACCCAUGUUAGCAAUGAUCCUGAUAAUAACCACGGAGACAAUAAGAAUAAGACAUCUCCUGUUGUGCAGAAAGACUCCUCUUCCCUCCGCUCAUGUAAUAGUUCAGCUGAAACACCAGAGUCCAGUAGUAGCUGCAUAGAUCUCCUUGAGGGAACUCAGGGGAAUCUCACCUGCUCAGCCAGGAACAACAUCAGCAGCGCCACCAAGACCCAACCACUUCCCUCCUGCACAAUCACCACAACACCACCACCACCAACAACAACACCAACUGCUCCCACAUCUAUGUCCACUGCAGCCAUGACAACCAACAAUGGAGCAUCCAUGGCAACUAAUAAGACAACGUCCAAUCAGGGCAAUAGCACGACUACUGAGGAGAAUAAGGAGCUACCAGAUCACUUCAUAUACUAUCUUGGAGCAGCGGUGCUGGGAGGAGUUGUGUUUCUGUGUGUGUCUGUAGCAGCAUUCUGUAUCUGCAAGAAAAAGAAGAAGAACACACUCACAACAGAUGGCCAAUCACAGGAUGUCGUGUAUUCUCAAUGCAGAAAGAAUCCAUCCUCCCCACCAGGUGACAGCUAUGAGGUGGAGUAUGCGGAGGUGUCCAUCCUGAUGAAGAAGGAGAGGAAGGAGAGGACGAGAGAGGACGACACUGUGGAGUACGGAGAGAUCAAACUGCCAGGAUCCACCAAUCACAUACCAGCAGAGGCACCAGAACCCACCAAUCACACGCCAGGAGAGGAAAGUGUGUAUGCACAGGUCCGCAAAAAAGGACAGCGGUGAUACCAAAGGGUGUGUGUAUGUUUGUGUGUGUGUAUGUGUGUGUCAGAGGCAAACUACAGGGGAAACUCUGCCUCUUCUAGAAUAUCACAGAUAUAAUGUAAUUAAAUAAUAUAUCAAUAUAAUAUAUACUGUAUUACAUUACCCUGCAUUGCAUCUAAACAUGUGUUCAACUUCAUAGCUAGUUUGUUCAGCAAUAAGGUUUCGCUUCCUUAUUUCACCCCUAAAACCCAAUCCAUUAAAGCCCCAUAGAGGCCUCAGAGUGAUCUCAGUGUGAGAGGGAGUGGAUGGGGCAGUAGGAUGGCCCUGACACCAAGUUAUGAUUGGAGGAGCCGUAAUAGACCUCUGAAGUUCGCCUGCAAAAAAAGAGCCAAAACUGCCAUCUUUGCCCAUAAGGAGAUCCGGGUGUUAAUUGAAGCUAACUACCUAUGGCAAGUUGCAUUGCAAGUUAGCUCUGGGGUAGCAAAAAUGUAUAAGUUUGCCAUAUUAACGUGCCGCAGAUCACAGUGCCUGCUCGAAGGCAGAGGGCAAAAGUGUGUUGAGCAGAAUGUCUGUAUUUCAGACUUCUUUGUCCCCAUGAGA